CUUUCAAAUCUCCCAUUCACACAAUACAUUCAUCAAGAUUCGUUCGGUGCACUGAUAAAAAGGUAUAAAUAUGUGGAAACAGUUGAGUGGAAUACAUAGUGAUCUUAUAGAAGAAAUUGGUCAUCAAAACGGCUUUACUAAUUUUGCCAUAGACAUCAAACCGGGAUCGGCAAAAGGUGAUAACUACCUUGGACUUAUAAGAAAAUUAACAAUCAAAAGCCACGAGCGUAAAUUUGAUCUGAUCCUGAAGACACCAGCGAGCUCAAGGAACCAAAAAAAUGCGGUUUCUAUUCAUAAAAUAUUCCUAAGAGAAAUUUAUGUGUAUGAGAAAUUGUUCAAGGAAUUCAAAAAGUUUCAGAACGUAUAUAGGAUAUCCUCACCUUUUCUAGGAUAUCCCAGGUUUUAUGGAAAGUGCGACAGAAUAGGAAACGAAUGUGUGGUGUUAGAAAAUAUCGUAGAAGAUGGUUAUAAAAUGUGGGAUAGAAAAAAACCAAUGAAUGCUGGGCACAUCUCUGCAGUUCUCGUAGAAUAUGCCAAGUUCCAUGCUAUUUCUUUAGCACUGCAAUAUAAGAAUUCAUACUUCUAUGAAGAGCUCACGAAAGAAGUUGAAACUCCUAUAUCUGUGUCAAAUUUAGAGAAUAGAGAGAAAACAGAACAAUUUGUAAAGUCAAUUAUCGAUUGUGGAUGUAAAGCUCUUGCAGAUGAUACUGAGGCUGUGAAGAAACUCAGAAGUUUUGAGAAUCUCAUGCCAAAUUACAUAAUGAAGGAUAUGAGGGAUCCCAAUUUGGCAAUCGUGAUAACUCAUGGUGAUAAUUGGUGUACCAAUUUGAUGUUCAAGUAUGAGAAAACAACCAACACCGAAGUACCUUCAGGAGUUUGUAUUCUAGACUGGCAACUAUCGAAAAAAGAUUCCCCAGCCGCUGACCUCGCGUGUUUCUUUUUGAUGCACAGUCCAAAAGAAAUUCUAUAUGACUACAAAAAAUACCUGAAUCUGUACCACGACACGGUCAGAAAAUAUUUAAGAGAUUUCGCUUGUGACCCGGAAGAAAUAUUUCCUUUCAGCCUCCUGGAGCGCCACUGGAAAGUGUUUGUGAAAUUUGGUUUUUUGUUUUCCAUGUUGGGUAUAAAGGUUAUGUAUCGUGAUUCUGACGAAAUAGUGGAAAUGGAUCAGGAUUAUUUGCAAACAAUUUCUCGUGAUAUUAGAAAGUCAAAGGAAUACAAACAACGGAUCAAGGACCUUCUCGAAUUUAUGACUGAUAAUGGAUUCAUAUAAACACAUUUCUGAGCAACAUUAUGUGGUCAUUAUGUUACUAUAAUCUGAACAAUAACUGUUGAUAUUUGAAAAUAUUGUAUUUUCACGAAGAAUUGCUAUUGAGAAAAAUAAAAUACAACUUUUAAAAUA